AAAGGAAUCUGAUAGCUGUAUAGACGAUUCAGCUACAACCAUGAAUUCGCUCAUGUCGCUAGGAGAGAGUAGCGGUUAUGAAAGCUUUGCAUUUAAAGGAUCGCCGGAGUCAACGCCGGACAAUGAAACAAACGAAGAUCAUUUGAAUGAACACGAAGAAAUGCAUAUCGUAAUUAAGAAGGAUAUUAAUGAUAUUGUUGGACAUAAUUUUAUAAAAUCGAAUCCUUUGACAACUGAAAAAACGUCAUUGAGUAAAUCUAAUAAGAGUAAUACUUCGUAUCGACAAGAUAUAUUUAAUGGACAGCCAAACGUCGGCAUAUUUUUAGACGUAGUUUUACGAAAGCUUGAAUGUAUGACUAGUAAUAACUUGUAUGUCAAUUUACAUCUCACAGGUCUUAUUAGUAGACUGGCGAUAUAUCCGCAACCUUUAUUGCAAUCCUUUCUGCUGAAUCAUUCUCUUGUGUUUCAACCUAGCAUCAGAUCCUUGUUUCAGGUGCUUGCAUCAUUAAAGCACAAAAUAGAUCAAUUUCUCUCAAAACACAAUAAUAUAGAUUUAUUGGUUGAACAAGCAAGAUUAUUUCUGAUUAGUCGAGAAGACAAGCUAGUAAAUGCGAGAAAAAAUGUAUUAGAAGCUGCUGCUCAAUCCUCAUCUGUUAAAAAGCAUUCUCUGACUAGUGAAUCAUUCUCAAGAGGUAUUGUCUAUCUAUUCGUGAAUAGUGAAUAGUAGAGAAUAAUAAAUUUUUAAAUUAAAUAUAUACACAUAUUUUUCUUUCUCUAUUAUGAUUUAAAAACACGUUCAACUUUUAAAGCUUCUAAUCUCAUAUUAUUAUGUAAUCAUAUGAGUUUUUGAAAUACAUUGAAAUAAAUAUGAUUCGUGAAUAAAAAAAAAUAAA